AUGAAGGAAGUUAUUGUCCAUCCAAGUCCUGACAUCUGGACUGAGAUUGUUGAAGCCGCAAUUCCACAACCUGGACCGGACGAGGUAGUUAUCAAAGUUAUUGUUGCUGGGAGCAAUGUCAAAGACUGGCUCCACCUCAAGGCUUUGAACAAAUCUCUUAAUAGUGGGGACGAUAUCGCUGGUAUUAUUCAUUCCCUUGGUAAGAAUGUGUGUUCCAAGAAUGAAUUUCAUCUUGAAGACCGUGUUGCUGCAUUUCAUCCAAUGCUGGAACCUCAUGGAGCUUAUGCCGAAUUCGCUGUUGCACCAAUGCAUACUAUAAUGAAGCUUCCAGACGCAAUGACCUUUGAAGAAGCUGCGACGAUUCCUCUAGUUGCUACAACCGCGGCGAUUUCUCUAUAUCGCCGUCAGCAUCUGCCACCUCCAUGGUCACCGCGCUCUGAUAGCAUUCCUAUUCCGCUCAUCAUCUACGGUGCAUCUUCCUCCCUUGGUACUUUCGCAAUCAAAUUAGCUCGCGCUUCCAACAUCCACCCAAUCAUUGCCAUCGCAGGAGGGAGUUCUUCACACUUGGAAACCCUCCUUGAUCCGUCUUCCGGUGACAAACUAAUUGAUUAUCGUUUGGGCACCGAAAAGAUGAUCAAAGCCACCAAAAUUGCCUUGGGAAAUUUGGAGUGUCAUCAUGCUCUUGAUGCCAUCAGCUCGAAUGGUACAUGGAUCCCGAUCUCCCAUAUGCUGGCCCCGUCGUUCUCCUCCCAAUCACCGUCAUACCUAUCGGUUGUCGCGGGUUCCAAUAAAUACGACGAAGAAUCAAUUCAAGCGGGGAUUGAAAUAGUAUACACCAUGGUAGGUACCGCACACAUGGGCGCGUAUAAGCCAGGCAUGGUCAAGCAACCAACUGAUAAAGAGUUUGUGAGAGGUGACCCUCGGUGGGUGUCUGUGUUCUUCAAGUACAUGUCUCAGAUGUUAGCAGACGGCAGACUUACUGGACAUCCCUUUGAGAUUAUCGAUGAAGGCUUAAACGGAGUAGAAGAAGGUCUAAGACGUUUACAAGGGGGGCAGGCUAGGGGAGUUAAAUAUGUUUAUAAGGUUGGACAAGUUGAGUGA